AUGAAGGUACCCCUGCGGAUAGCCAUUCUCGAGUGCGACACUCCCCUGGACGGAACCCGAGCCAAGUAUGGCGGCUAUGGUGGCGUGUUCAAAGCUCUUCUUUCCCGAGCGGCAGAUGCGUUAGAGGACCCAGACAUUUCCUCCAAAAAUGCAUUUGAAUUCAGCAUCUACGACGUUGUAAACAAGCAGGAAUACCCCGACUUGGAGAACAUAGAUGCUGUUCUCCUUACCGGCUCAAAACACAACUCAUUCGAUGACCACCCUUGGAUCUUGAAACUGAUGGAUUUCGUGAAGAUGGUACUUCAGCAAGAUCGCGUUCGCAUGAUCGGUGUCUGCUUCGGUCACCAGAUCAUUGGUCGUGCUUCUGGUGUCAAGGUCGGACGAAGUGAUGAUGGGUGGGAGAUUUCGGUUCUACCAGUGCAAUUGACCGAAAAGGGCAAAGAGUUAUUCGGACAAGACACUCUGAACAUCCACCAAAUGCACCGAGACAUUGUGUUCGAGUAUCCCAAGGAAGUGGAGAAGUUGGGCGCCUCUCCUCGCUGCCUGGUGCAAGGAAUGUAUGUCAAGGGCAAGUUCAUCACUAUCCAGGGUCAUCCAGAGUUCAACGACGAGAUUGUGAGCGAGAUCCUGAGGAACAGAAAUGCUCAGGGGAUUUUCGACGAUGUGCAGUACAAGGAGGCUAUGGAUAGGGUCAAGAAUCCUCACGAUGGAAUCGCGGUUGCAAAGGGAUUCCUGCGGUUUUUGCUGGAAGACUGA